AUGGAAACGAUUCUUGGUGUCACCAAGGACACAAGCGUAAAUCCCCACCGGGGUGUUGCGGAAUUGGGUGAGAAUGCCUCUGAGGCUGACUCGAUGUUCGAAGCAGAAGGCAACAAUAGUGCGCGUGAGCGGUAUCAACGGUUGUUCUGGGAGCCUGCGGUGGAUGGCAAGGAGCUUAUUCUCCCUGGCCUGCUGGAGCAAGAGCAUGCUGCUCGGGAAGCUGCAGCGGCUAAGAGAGCAAUUCGUUUUGCGACGUUUGAGGAGCACGUCGUCGAUGUUCCCGGUCGACCAAGUGUGAAGUUUGUGAACGUCGGGCAGAAGUACGUCGAUGAGCAUGACCAGGCGUGGAGGUUGAAGGAGAGGCAGCGGCGGUCUGUAUUGAGACAGCACAAGAGACAGCGAAAGGCCGCAGCGGCACUCGCGCGGAAGGAGCAGUUUGUUCACUAG